AUGUCACAGCCAAGCGCACCUCCACCGGUGUACCACAGAAAAGUAGCCUUCAUCCAUCCAGACCUAGGUAUUGGUGGAGCAGAACGGUUGGUCGUCGAUGCUGCUGUUGGUUUGCAAAACAAGGGAUACGAGGUCACGAUCUACACCAGUCACUGCGACAAGUCGCAUUGCUUUGAAGAGGUGAAAGAUGGGACUCUUAAGGUGGAAGUUUUCGGGGAUAAACUCCCAACCAGCAUAAUGGGGAAAUGCUCUAUACUGUGUUCGAACUUGAGGCAGUUAUACCUUACGAUGUGUCUAGUUGCUACUAAGCGCAUCGGGAAGUUCGAUGUGUUUAUUGUGGACCAGCUUUCGUCUUGCGUGCCUCUUUUGGGACUCAAUGCGCGUGAUGCCAAGAUAUUGUUCUACUGCCAUUUCCCAGACCAGUUGUUGGCUACCAGGGAUAGCUUCUUAAAGAAAGUCUACAGACUGCCAUUCGACUGGUUAGAACAGUACACGAUGUCUCUUUCAGACCAGAUCGUUGUCAACUCGAACUUCACCAAGGGAAUAUUCGCCAGAACGUUCCCUACGCUAAACUUUAUUCCAAAGGUGAUUUAUCCAUGCGUGAACUUCGAUAACGAGAAACCAUCUGCAUUGGAUAAGAACUUGAAGAACUUGAUAUUGAGUAAGGAUGACAAGUACUACUUGUCAAUCAACAGAUUUGAGAGAAAGAAGAACAUCGAAUUGGCUAUCUUUGCCUUCUCAGAAUGUAAACAAAAGGAAACUUACAAGUUGAUCAUCACUGGUGGUUAUGACCCAAAGGUCAGCGAGAACAUGCUAUAUUUGAACGAAUUGGAAGGUUUGUGCCAGGACUUGACUUUAACCUACAAACGUGUCUCCUAUCCGCACUUUUCUACCACAGAACAUACUUACAACGCCAAGGACUUUGAAGAUGCCCAGAUAAUCUUUAUAACAUCCAUCUCUUCUUCUUUCAAAGAACUACUAUUGAAAAACGCCGAAUUGUUGAUGUACACCCCAUCAAACGAACAUUUUGGCAUUGUCCCAUUGGAAGCCAUGAAAUUUGGUGUCCCUGUCUUGGCUGUCGACAACGGUGGUCCCGUCGAAACGGUGGUUGAUUAUAAUGAAUCCCCACAACAUAUAAAUGCUACUGGAUGGUUACGUUAUUCGGAUUCCACAGCGUGGGCUAAAGUGUUGGAUGAAUCUGUUGAGGCUCUUGCAAAACACCGUUCCAUUUUCCAAGAAAGUGGGCCAAAACGUGUAAGAUACUAUUUCUCGAGAGAAGCUAUGGCCGAAAACUUUGACAAUAUCAUUGAUCGUACUAUAUGGGAAAAGAAGGACUCAUCUGGUUUCACAACCUUUACUCCUGGUAUACUAAUGCUAAUCACACAAUAUCUAGUAAUAACUCUAUUUGGCGACGCUACUGUUCCUUAUUUCUUUUUGGCAUUAAUAUCGUUUUACAUCUUGAGAAGCAUUAAAGCCAGCUUCUACUGGAUAAUAGUUUUCUUGUAUAUGACAUACACGGGCAAAACUUAA